GUCAAAAAGGGUCGAGGAGGGCUAGCGAGCCAAAACGGAGCAUGGAGGAAGAAUUCGAAGACGACAUUCCCUGCUCUGCCAUUGCUGUUGAUUCCAUCACUCGUUUGGCAACGGCAGGAACCAUCUGGGGUUUGUGUAUAGGUCCAUACGAUGGUCGGAAAAGAGGUCUCGCUGGCGUUGCUCGGGCAUCUUUUGUGGUAAAGUCAGCUGGCAGAUAUGGCCUACAAUCUGGACUUUUUGCCGGAGUCUUUUCUACUACACGCUGUGGGAUUCAACAAUACCGCAAACGGAAGGAUUGGGUGAAUGCUUCAAUCGCGGGUGCCAUUGCUGGGGCAGCUUUUGCUGCAAGGACCCGAAGCUGGAUUCAAGUAUUUGGGAUGGCAGCUCUGGUGUCCACCAUAUGUUCUGCCGCUGACUACUCAAAAACAAGCUAACUCAUCUCUAGCUGGGGGGGUGCCUAAGGUAGGAAUGAAUGUUGCCCAUCCAUCUCCUACUCCUUAUUUCAACUGUUCAUCCCUAUGAUCUGGCAAUCACAUGGUACUACUGUAGAAGUGUAGAUAAGAAAAAUCCAUAUUUUACUAUAUGCUUCAAUUUUUCACCUCUUGGUAAUUAAAUUUAAGAAGUUUAUGUCUUUGGACUUUUGGAGUUGUUCUGAGUUAUUUAUUUUGGCCAGCCCAAGUUCGAAAUCUCCCAGCUCUUCUCCUAGCUCAAGACUGCAAUUGUAUUAUCUAAACCAAGUUAUGAAAUCUUUUGAGUUGUUAAAGGGGAAGUGACUCUGGUCAGAAUCAUGAAGAUCAUUUCUAUUUUGUUUAAUUGAGAACAAUAAAAUUUUAAAGACACUGGUGAUAUUCCCGCAUACAAAGUGGGUCACAUGGUUGAGAACUUGAGAUGCAUUGCAGAAGUUGGCUUUUAGCCUAUUCAAAA